AGGGGAAUAUCAAAGGAAAGGUUAGAACUGGGGAAUGAACUUAGAGUACUAAGUUCUGAAAUAAGUUAUGCACUGGAGAAUAACUCACUGGAGAGGGCCCAAAAGCAGGAGAGGAAGAAGCAACAGGUGCAAGAGGUGGCAGAGGAACUAGCAGAGAAGAGGUUCCAAUAGUGAUCUCAGUGAGGGAAGAUACAAAAGAUACAUAAGAUGAUACCCUCCAGGGUUUAUAAUCUCAUGGUGGACACAGAAAGACUUGAGCAUGUGAAAUAAAACUCAAGAUAGGGGCACAACUAACUGUUAAAAUGCAAGGUGUAGAAUAAGUGUUCUUGGAGUUCAGAGAAUGGAGUUAUGGGCAGGAAUCUCCAGGACUGUAUUCCUGAAGGGUGAGACCCUUGAGAUGGGCCUUGUGCAAAUGAACUUGGCUUUUCCAAGAGAUGAGAUGGCCUUGGCCAGACCAGGGACUGUUUCCUGAACAGUAGUAGAUAAAGAUGGAGAGGAGCAGUGGUUGAGAUUGUGAAAGUCCUAGAAAGCCAGACUGGGGAAUUGCACUUUACCCCAUGUGUGCUGGGGAGACAUGAAAGGGUUUUGAGCCAGGGAGUGACAUAAUGAAAGGGUAUUUGGAAAGAUUUUAAAAAGUAAUAUUGGGAGACAAAUCAGUUAGUUAGGCUGUUACAGUUUUGGAGUGCCCAGAGUUUGGACUGGGAUAACUGGAAAUGGAAAAGGGGUUGGGUUUUAGAAACAUUACUGUUGAAAUAAUCUGUUGACAGACAGGGCGAAGGGAAGAGAUGAAUGGAAAUUAAUUCCUUGUGGAAAUUGAUUGCAUGCCAGGGCCUUGGAGCUGCUGUAGUUGGUAACUCGAGAAAUUGGAAAUGUGUGUUUUGGAGAGAAGUAAUUGACACUCAGGCUGCAGAGAAAUUUUGUGUUUGCCAUAGGUGUCCUGCAAGCCACUGCGACUCUGAGAUUGUGGGGGAAACCAGGGUGUGUAGUGUGGGAAAGGCUUCCAAAACUGGGAGAAGGAAGGCACUCGGGGCUAAAGGGUGUGUCAUAGGGAAGCAGUAGAGGAUGCUAGUGAGUGGGACUGAGGAUCCGAAUUAGAAGGCUCUGUCCUGUAUUGCCAUUCAAAUGUAUCACAUGAACUUGAACCUGAAGUUGGCAAAACUGUUCUGGGAAAUUAAGGCUCCAAGGAGAAUGGGCCACUUAUUCUCUUAACCAUGAGGGUGGUUGGAGGGAAGUAGAAUGGAAUUUGCUAAAUACAUAAAUUGUUAGGUUUUGAAACAAGCUGAAUUUUGCUCUCCACUGAGUCCUUUAGGCUAGUCCUGGUGUCCCAUUCAUGGGUGGGGGUGGGGAGCAGCUAGGUGAUCUAAAGGAUCAAGGAGGAAAUUUGGGGCCUAGGGAUAUUGCCUCUCCCAGGGCGAGGUCUGUCCCAACCUGCACCACUGCCAGUUCCCAGGGAUCCAGUGACCUGCCUGCAGAGGUUUUUCCUGAGCUCUGAAUUCUGCUUUCUUGUUGCAAGGGUGACUUAGGGUGAUAUGCUGAACAAAUUCCCCAAGCCUCAACUUGCAACAUCUGAGGGCUGGUGAAUUUGAAGGAUGAUUGCAAAAAGUUAAAAAGUUGCAGAAGCAGUGGAGAAUUUAAUUGCAGUUUCUUAGCUCUCUGCAAGCCUUCCCCCACCCCUUUCCCUGAGAUGCAGGAUCUAUGAAAAAGCAGGGGAAGCUGAACUGCAUGGGGGAAAGGUGUCUAGCAGACAUUUUUUCUUUAUAGGGAAUAUACGAUGGUCAAAAACAUAUUGCAUGGAAUAGUGGUUGAGCUAAUGUACUCUCUAUAGAGCAGUGUUUUCUGCACUGCUUUGACCGUGACCUACAUUAAGAAAUAAAAUUUACAUCACAGCCUGGUAUACUCAGUCACGUAUGUAAACAUCUAAUUCAAGUUCAUGAAGUACAACCUUCCUUGGGUUGGUGCAAUCUCCCCUGAUACUUUUAUUUUCUAUUCUGUUUUUUAUUUAAAAAUAUUUAUUGUUUCCCACUAAAUUGAUUUAACCUCUGUGUAAUGGAUUAUAACCCACAGUUUGAAAAACACAGUUAUAUAGAGAACUUUUACUUCUAAUAAGCAUUAAGCUGCUCAUAUGCAGAGCUACUAGUGCUGUAGGUGGAAGGGAGCGUGAGGAAGAGUUUGAAUUUUUAGGCUAGUUGGAGUGUUCAGAUGUAUAGCUAUGAUCAAGGAGAAAGGCAAGAUGACCAAAUGCCAAAAUGAAACAUAAAUACCUGUGCAGUUCAGAGGAAGGGGUGGACCACCUGUGCUGGAGUGGCAUGGAAAAAGUGUUUGGAAUAAAGAAGGAAGUCUGGGGUAAACCUGUUGGGGUGUCUCAUGGUUCUGCGCAGGUGGGAGGUGUAGCCUGGGCAAGGCUUGGUGUUGGGAAUGUACAUGGUAUGUGUAAGAGUGAAGAACAGAGGGUUCCUGUAAGAGAGUAGGGAGAAAUCAGGUUGGCAAGGUGGGCUAGGAUCAAAAUGUAGUGGAGGGGUUGUAAACGGGUGGCCCAGAGAUAGUGUUCAGCCUUUAGGUUAUAAUUUGAACCGCCAAAAGGUUUUCAAGAAUUGGGAAAACCUCUGGAUUUAGGACGGUCUUAAAGAAUCAGAACAGGCAGGCCUCUCCAGCUGAGUGAGUGGUGGUUGCCCCCUGUGCAUAGGAGACAGGCCUUUUGGGCCGUCGUUCCCCUCCUCCCCCCAUUAUAGUCCCAGGGCUCUUGUUGCCUCAGUCCAAUUGCUUUACAUUCCAUCCUUAGUCUUGCAGGUCUUUGGGUUUGCAGCCUGAGCUUUCAAGAGACUUGAAUGCCAAGCUAGGGAAUUUGGGAUCGCUGGCCUGGGCCCUGGGUGGCCAUCAGGGGAUCCAGGUAGGAAGAGGCUGACAUUUUGAAAUUUGAGAUAUUGGUGUGCAAAUGAUUUGUUUUAGGCAAGUCAGCAGCGCUUUCUGAGUUGCUGCUGGCUGGGACUUUGCAAUAUUGUUCUGAAGAUUGGAAUGGUAGUAAUUAGGGAGGGCUUUGAGCUGUGUUUUCUAUAGUGAGACAGAUUUCUAGUGACGCCAAGAUCUCUUGAACCUUCCCAUUUUCCACUUCUGGCCGCCAUGGUUAGAUCGUGGCUCCAGGCAUGUAUCCUUUGAGAACCAUGUCGGGGUAAUAACUUGGGGAGAUGUGAGUCACAGCUGCCAAAUGCCGUAUGACAUUAGAUUCUCAGGAGCUUUGGUUCUGUGAGUCAAUAACCAAGGAACAGCAAAGAGAGGAGCUCUGUCAUUUCUCUUCUUACAUCCUUACUCCUAGGAUGGCCCCCGGGGGUAGGCCUCCAGUCCAGAGAUUCACAAUGAAUAUGGAAGAAGUGGUUCAAGCUCAGGUGUUAAUGCAAAUAACUCCUGGAAAACUAGGCUGCUUUGGGGGCCACCUGAAGUGAACAAGUUCAGGUCUCUGUGGUCCUGAGACAGUUUGGUUUACCCUAGGCAUCCAUAACCACCUGUUAGGCUUCCCCAGGUGAGCUAUAGCUGAGAGGGACUGAGCAAAUCACCGUUUUUCACAGGUUGCACAAUCUGAUUAUUUUAAACUAUUGCUUUUGUAACAUUAAAAAUAAAAGUUAAAACUGAAGUGCUUUUUGCUUAAAAAUGUGUGGCCUGAGGAUGCAGGGAUAACCAGAAGGCUGCCGAAUUGGAUGAAAUGAAACCCAUUUCCUGUUUCAUAGGAUGGUUUGGUUGGUUACUAGAUUGGAGAAAUGAUGUAGCAGCUAUGUAUGGUACACUUUGGCUUUAUGGGAAAAUAUUUCACAUAAGAUAUGAUGGUCUGUGUUAAGUUAAGUGGUAGAAUAUGGGCUGGAUGGUGUUAUUAAUUUAAUUUCAUGGUGUUAUUAAUAGGCAAAAACUGUUAAUUAGUAGCACUGAAUCAGCCUGGAAGGGGGUCUGAAAAUGAGUGCCGUAGGGUUCUAUUCUUGGCUUUGAGCUGUUCAAUGUUUUUUUUCCAGUGUUGUGGAUGAAGAUACAGAAGUUUUGCUGUUUCCACAGUGUUAUACAGCUGGAAUCAUACAGAAAGGCAGCAGCAUGGCCAGCGUGUUGUCCCGGCGCCUUGGGAAGCGGUCUCUCCUGGGAGCCCGUGUAUUGGGGCCCCCUGGGACUGCCCCACCUUCGGAGCCUCAGGCGGAGCUGCUGGAGGGGGUGCCUCCCCAGCCCUUCCUUGCAUCUAAGGACACUUCCUGCCAGGAGCAGCCCAAGGAAGUCCUCAAGGCUCCUGGCACCUUAAGUCUCCAGCAGGUGGCCUUCCAGCCUGGGCAGAAGGUUUAUGUGUGGUACGGGGGUCAGGAGUGCCCAGGACUGGUGGAGCAGCAUAGUUGGGCAGAGGAUAAGGUGACUGUCUGGCUGUUGGACCAGAAGUUACAAAUCUGCUGCAAAGCGGAGGAGAUGUGGCUGGCCGAGCUGCAGGGCCCCGCUCCCCAGGUGCCACCUCUGGAGCAGGGAGCCCAGGCCUCAGCCUAUAGGCCUGUCUCCAGGAACAUUGACGUCCCAAAGAGGAAGUCGGAUGCAGUUGAAAUGGAUGAGAUGAUGGCUGCCAUGGUGCUGACGUCCCUGUCCUGCAGCCCGGUCGUGCAGAGUCCUCCCGGGGCCGAGGCCAACUUCUCUGCUUCCCGCCAGGCCUGUGACCCAUGGAAGGAGAGUGGCGAUGUGUCUGACAGCGGCAGCAGCACCACUAGUGGGCACUGGAGCACAAGCAGUGGCGUUUCCACCCCCUCGCCGCCCCACCCCCAGGCCAGCCCCAAGUACCUGGGGGAUGCCUUUGGCUCUCCCCAAACUGAUAAUGGGUUUGAGACCGAUCCGGAUGCUUUCCUGUUGGAUGAACCAGCUCCACGGAAAAGGAAGAACUCCGUGAAGGUGAUGUACAAGUGCCUGUGGCCGAACUGUGGCAAAGUUCUGCGCUCCAUUGUGGGCAUCAAGCGACACGUGAAAGCCCUCCACCUGGGGGACACUGUGGACUCGGACCAGUUCAAGCGGGAGGAGGAUUUCUACUACACAGAAGUGCAGAUGAAGGAGGAAGCUGCUGCUGCUGCUGCUGGCGCCCCCACAGCGGACCCAGCCUCCACCCCCAGUGUGACCAGCCCGCCCCUUGCCAUUCUCUCACCACCUCCUCCCAAAGCCCAGCCCUCAGGCCCGGAACACCCUGGGCUGGAAUCUUACCUGCCCUCUGGUGCUCUCAGCAAGUCAGCUCCUGGCUCCUUCUGGCACAUCCAGGCCGACCAUGCAUACCAGGCCCUGCCGUCCUUUCAGAUCCCCGUCUCGCCACAUAUCUACACCAGUAUUAGCUGGGCUGCUGCCCCCUCCACGGCCUCUUCCCUGUCUCCGGUCCGGAGCCGGUCGCUAAGCUUCAGCGAACCCCAGCAGCCGCCACCUGCAAUGAAAUCUCACCUGAUUGUCACUUCUCCACCCCGGGCCCAGAGCAGCACCAGGAAGGCCCGCGGGGAGGCUAAGAAGUGCCGCAAAGUAUACGGCAUUGAGCACCGGGACCAGUGGUGCACAGCCUGCCGCUGGAAGAAGGCCUGCCAGCGCUUCCUGGACUGAACCUGUCGAACCUGAACCCAUCUAACCGGCUCCUCCUCUUUGCGCCUGGCCUGAUGGCAGCCAGAUGACAAAAGGCAGACGUGUGAACCCUCAGCAGAAACCUAGAGAUAUGAGUGGACACUGGGAGUUUGGGCUCUAUUGACUUAGGUUUAAUGCUUAAAACCUUUUUCCCUCCCUUGUGGGAACAUUUUACUUUAUUUUUUAAAAAAGAAACGAACCUAUUUUUUUCCCCUCAAAUAGGAGAGAGCCAAAACUGACCAAGGGUAUUCUGCAUCAAACCGGAGACCAAAGAAUUAAUUAUCUUCCCUUUUCCACAACCCCUCUCUCCAGGGGAUUAGUUUGCAUGCAUCAAAAGAAGGAACAGCUCAUUCUGUUUCCUGCUGAGUUGGUGAAUUCUUUGCUUUCUCAACUCUUCCAGAAGGGACUAUGAGCAAGAUGAAUUCACUUUUCUUAAAAAAAAAAAAAAAGUUUCUGGCUGAUGACUCAGAGAGCAGGACCUGCUGUGGGUGGGAUAGGAUGAGUUGGGGUGUCUGGGUGAUUUUCAAGGUGGAGCCAGUCGCCUUCUUUACCUGAAUCAUGGACAAGGGAGAGCUUGUCCUUACCAAGCAGCUUCCAAGGAAGUAAAAGGAAAACCCUUUCAUGGGGACAGCUAUUUGAAUCUGGGUCCCCACAGACGUUGGGUGGUAUCCCAACAAAUAUUGUGUGGUUUCUUCUCAAAGCCCAUACGAAUAGGUUUUUAUAAAGACUGUCCCCAAAUAGCUGAGCCAAAAGGCUAAUAUGAAUUCACUUUUUCAAAUGUGGCUGUUAAACACUACCUUGAUGUUCUUUCCUCUUGAGGAAAAGCGAGAGGGUUUUGGUAUCUGUGAAAGCUCUCUGCUGUUAUCUGAAUGAAUAGACUCUCUCUUGAGUUCUCUCCCUCCAGUGAUGGAAAUGACACCUCUAAAACACUUGUUGUUUUUUUUUAUGUUAUAUUCAGAAGCCAUUAUCUGAUUAAAGUUCCCUUUUAUUUGG